GCGCAGCGGCGGCUUCAGCCAAUGGUGCCCCCGCCGGUUACGGGGGGGGGAGACGGUAGGAGCCGUGUCCUGGCCGUGCCGUGACCUACCGUGCCGUGCCGUGCCGUGCCCGGGCUCCGCAGCCCUUUGCAGCCCCCCCCGUGGGGAGGAUGGGCUGAGCCCGGUGGCACGGGGAGGGGGGGUAGGGGGGCGUGCGGCGGCGGCUGCUCCCGGGAUGUGCGCGCACCGCCGGCCUUGGGAGCAGCUCCCCGGCUCCUUUUGAAGGGCAGCAGCGAUGAACCGCGGCCCCCCCAGCUCGCCCAGGGGGGGUAGCCCCGUCCGGUGCCCCCCUUGGAGCGGGGAGAUGCUGCGCUGCCCGUCCUGCCGCCUGCAGCUGUGGGAGCCGGUGACGGUGUCGUGCGGCCACUCGCUGUGCACGCCGUGCCUCGGGGGGGCCGUGCCCGCCCGCUGCCCCCUCUGCCAGGAGAAGCUCAAGCUGCUGGGAGUCGGGGGGCCGAGGCGCAACGUGGUGCUCUGCAGCCUGCUGGAGAAGUGCGAGGACCGGGGCAGGCGGCUGGCGGGGUUGGUGGCCCGUGUCCGGCACCAUCUGACCCGUGGGGAGGCGAAGGAGGCGCUGGGGAUGGCUCAGAAGGGCGUCGAGCUGGCCCCCGAUGACACCUCCCUGUGGCGGUGCCGGGCAGAGGCGUUCGUGGCCCUGGGGCAGUACCCGGAGGCGCUGGGGGACCUGGAGGCUGUGUGCAAGGCUGAGCCCACAGAGCACGAGGGCUUCUUCAGGAAAGGGAAGGUGCUUCUGGAGAUGGGACGCAGAGCCGAAGCCCUGCUGGCGUGGGAGCACUGCCUGACGCUGUGUCCCCAUUUCCAGCCUGCACAGAGUGAGAUGGAGAAGAUCCUCGCCCAGGAGGAUGCUCCUCGGCCAUGCGCUGCCCACCGGGGCUCGAGUGGUCCCCAGGCAGUGGGGGACGGAGGCGACCCUGCAUCCUCCUCUGCCCGAGCCCAGGACCAGGAGGGAGAGACGGAGGCCGGCAGAGGGUCCUCGGUGUCUGAGCAUGGCCAGGGGACCCCCACCCCAGGGCGACAGCAGGAGCCGGGGGCUGUGGCAGAGAGGCAGCAUGGGCUGUUGGCAGCUAAUGAAGAGGAGACGGAGACAGCCAAGUGUAACCAGCCACACCUCGGGGAGCUGCUGAGCAUUUCUGACUUGGAGUGCUCCCUCUGCAUACGGAUGUUCUUGGAGCCGGUGACGACGCCGUGCGGGCACACCUUCUGCAAGGAGUGCCUCGAGCGCUGCCUGGACCACCGGCCCAACUGCCCCCUCUGCAAGCAGAGCCUGAGAGAGUACCUGAAGGCUGGAAGCUACAGCUGCACCGUGCUGCUGCAGGACAUCAUGCUGGCCACCUUCCCCGCACAGCUGGCCGAGCGCCGGGAGCUGCACCAGGCCGAGAUGGCCGAGCUCUCCAAUCUGACCAAGAACAUCCCCAUCUUCGUAUGCACCAUGUCCUUCCCGGGUGUUGCCUGCCCUCUGCACGUCUUCGAGCCCCGCUACCGCCUGAUGAUCCGGCAGUGCCAGGAGACCGGCACGAGGAGGUUUGGCAUGUGCGUGUACGAGACCGGGAAAAGCUUCGCAGACUACGGCUGCAUGCUGGAGAUCCGGCAGCUGGAGCUGCUGGCGGACGGCCGCUCGCUGGUGGACACCGUGGGCGGGCGGCGGUUUCGUGUGCUGAGACGCGGGCACAGGGACGGCUACAACACUGCCGACAUUGAGUACCUGGAGGACAAGAAGGUGGCUGGGGAGGAGCUGCAGGAGCUGCAGAGCCUCCACGAAAGCACCUAUGAGUUGGCCCAGAGGUUUUGUGAGCACGGAGAUGUUGCCUCCAGGCGCCUCUUGAUGCAGCAUGGGCCGCUGCCGGAGAAGGAGGAGGACAUCCAGGCUUCUGCCGACGGCCCGAUGUGGUGCUGGUGGCUCAUCUCCAUCCUGCCCCUCGACCCGUCCUUCCAGCUGAGGCUCUUCUCCAGCACCUCGCUGCGCGCCCGCCUCACCCAGCUGCAGCGCAUCCUCCUGGCUCUGCUGCAGCAGCCCCCGGCCACGAACCCCCUGCCGGAGCUCAGCCCCCGGGGCCGCGUCUGAGCCCCCCGCCCCAGCAUCCCCCGCUCUGUUCACAAAGGAGACCCCCCUCCUCCUUCCUUGGGUUUCUUUGUGCAUUUUUUCAUGGUUUGAACCCCAAGGAAGGGACCUCAGUGAGGAGCUGGGCUCUCUCUGCCUGGCUCGGCGGGGCCCGGUGGUGACUCGAUGCUGUCCGUGCUGUCCCCAUGAGCUGCGGCCGUGUCACCGGCAGGGACCAAGCCAGAGAGCUGGGUUGUGUCUUGGGAGCCAAAAUCCCCCGGUGAGAUGCUUUGGCUCUAAGGAGGACUCUCCCUGGGGCGGAGGGCCGAGUGCCAGGGCUGCUUGGGCUUUGGCUCUUCCUCUCCGAAGGACAAUGUUGGGGUUUUGGUAGAUGGCCCCACUCCGAGCACCAGGGGAGGGGGGAUUUCAAGGCUUCAGAGAUGUGGCACCAGGAAGCAUCUGUGGGAGCUGAAGGCUCAGCCUCUGGUUGCAAGUUUGGCUUAAUUUCUAUUUGGGCUAGAAGGAAGGUUCAGUUAAAUGAUCUGAUAUCCACAGCCUUCUUCUAGCCACCUCCUUGGCCAGGCAGAGAAGAAGGCACUGGUCAGAGCCCAUGGCUGCUCCCGACCC